AAUGUCACUAAGAAUUACAUCUUCCAACGUAAUUGAAUGCACUGGCGAAAAAAAAAUAAGAAUAAUAACAUGGUGUUGUCAUCUAACGCAUCUAACGUCAUCACACCUGAUAUUUCGAACUAAAUAAAUCCAUCAGGACCGUCAGACAUGUUUUCUUGCCGAUGUUUGACAAUCAAUCAACAUUUGAGUGUUAAACAUAAUUAUAAAAAAUGAAAUUUAUCGUGGGUAAAUUAAAUCUAAAACGUGUCAAUCAUGUUAUCAGUGAUAAAUCCUAACCUUCAAUUAUUUUAUUGUCACAAUAAAAUUUAAUUGUCGUCAAUUGUUUAAUAAAAAACACUAAACUACUUUUAAUGGAUUUACUUAACAAUAGUAAUAAUAAUAAUAAUUAAAAAAAUUAUUAUUUUUUUAAAAAAACUAGAAGAUGACUAGUUUGUAUAAUUUUAAAUAUAUUUUCUAAAUUUUAUAAUUUAAAUUUUAAUGGGAAUUGAAACCAGACAUAAUGAAUCUGGAACUAAAUCGUUUGAAUACAUUUGACCAGUGGCCAGAAAACGCCGCUGUAAAUCCUUCAAGAAUAGCCAAAGCUGGAUUUUAUUACACCGGCCAGGGUACAAACGUCCAAUGUUUUUUCUGUGGAGUGACAAUAUCCGAAUGGAAUUACGGGGAUCAAGUAAUGGCACGUCAUCGAGAAGCCAGACCUGAAUGUCCUUUCGUAUUGAAUCCCACUGACACCUGCAAUGUUCCCUUAUUGGAGUCAAUUAAUUCAGCCCUCAGUCUCCCUCGGUGUCCACCUCCUCCAGAAGAAUCCAGAAUAGAGUCAUCUGAUGACAGAGCCCAGCCAACGACUUCAUUUCCAGUUCAAAGUCAGAAUCCUCGAAUCGAGUAUGGAACUUAUGAGCAGAGACUCAGAUCCUUUGAAAAUUGGCCCGCUUCUAGUAAUGUUACGCCUGAAAGUCUUGCGAGAGCUGGUUUCUAUUAUCUUCAGCAAGAAGAUAUGGUUGAAUGUGUCUAUUGUCGGGGAAUAAUGAGAAUGUGGGAACCAGGUGAUGAUCCAUUUAAUGAACAUAGAAAAGGUUUUCCACAGUGUGAUUUUUUUAAUCAUCAAGAUUCAAAUUCAGCUUUAACGACAGAAGAGAAAGAAGAAUUGGCGAAAGUUAAAUUAUUGUCGGGAACGACUGCGGAUUUACAUAAAUUGGGAAUACAAAAACAUACUGGACCGAGGCAGCUUAAGUAUGCUACCUAUGAAGGUAGACUCAGAACAUUCCAAGGAUGGCCUGAUAACCUCCAGCAGACACCAGAUAUGUUAUCAACUGCUGGGUUUUAUUACGUUGGUUCAGGUGAUCAAGUACGAUGUUUUCACUGUGAUGGCGGCCUACACAACUGGGAAGCGGACGACGAUCCUUGGACAGAGCACGCCAGAUGGUUCCCUAAGUGCGGCUUCGUCUCUAUUGUCCGCGGGCAGGAUUUUAUCCAGCAUUGUAUUGACAAUAGACCACCUUUAGAUCCUCUUAUAUUUCUUGGAGUACCUGAAAAUGGAGACGACGUUGGAGAGUCAUCAUCAUCACCACAACCUUCUAGUUCAAAUUUAAAUUCAAACCCAGUUCGACGUCAAGUUACUGAUGCUGAAGUCGAAGAACUCUUACAUUCAGCACCAGCUACAGCAGCUUUACAAUUGGGGUUAAAUCUUGGAAGAGUAAAAACAGCAUUGAGACAACGCAUGGAAAGGUUCGGAGUUCCAUACACAAAUUCUGAUCAGCUUAUUGAGCACGUUCGUCAUAUUCAUUUGACUGAAGAAAAUAAUAGGCUUGAGGAUAACGCAGAAACAUCAUCGUCAGAGUUAGCAGCAUUGUUGAGUCAAGUGAUAACAGUCCAAUCAUCAAGCAAAUCCGGAUCACACGGACAAAAUAGUUCAGACAUUGUUAAAAAAAAAUUAGCGGGUUACAAUGGCGACAAUAAAGAGGCGUCAGUUAUAAAUAUUAGAAAAGAUAAAAAAGCUGACGCUCAGACAGAUAAUGGACCACUUUCACUUGAAGAAGAAAAUCGUCGUUUGAAAGAAGCGCGAUUAUGUAAAAUUUGUAUGGAUAGAGAAGUGUCCGUUGUAUUUUUACCUUGUGGACACCUUGCCACUUGUGUACAAUGCGCUCCGUCAUUGACAGACUGUCCCAUGUGCCGCCAAGAAAUUCGUGCUACUGUACGAAUAUUUCUUGCCUAGUAUAUAUUUAAUAAAUAAAUAAUUUAUUUUAUUUAAAUUACGACAAUUAUGAGUAUGACUAAGAAGAAAAAUAUUUAAGUAUUGAUUUUAAAUGAAUUUAAUUUAAUACGUAGCCGCUCGUAAGAUUAUUUCAAAUGCUGAUGCAACUUCUCAAUAAAUUUAAACAACUUAGGACUCAAUUUAAAAAUUUAAGUAUACGAGUUUAAUAUGUUUACGUAAUAGAUAAUAAUACCAGAUACCUGAUUUUAAACUCAUAGACCAAAAACAGAGAGAUAAAUAUAUAAUAUAUUUAUAUUAUUAUUAAUUGUAAAUUGUUUAAAAUAAUUUACACCCAACAGAUCAAUUACUAUUAUAAAGAAACGCAGCUGUAACAAUCAAAUUUAAUUGUUAAUUAUAAAUCGUUUAUCUGGGAUAUAUUUUUCUUGAACUUGGUUUGUUCGCUAGACAAAUGUGAUUAAGCAGAGAUAGAUAUUUUGUAAAUAUGUUUCAAUGUUGAAAAGUUUAAAAAUUAAAAUACAUAGAAGCUGAUGAGCAUCGAUACGUUGUUUUAAUAUCAAUCGAUAUCCUU